GGCCGCGCAGUCUUCGCGGACGCAGUUCUCGCGCAUGGAGUCGCCAUUUUGCUCUUAGGGACGCCACUUGGAGACACAGCGCUUUCUUUCGCUAGCGGAGGCUGCGGCGGGGCCAGGGCUGGAGUCCGGGCCAGGAGGAAUUUUGUUGUCAGAGAAUAACGGGAGGUUGUCCAUAAUUGACUUUAAGCAGCAGACAGUAAAACUCUGAGCUCUUCAGCUCCGACUUUCUUGCUCUGGAAAUUGGAAAACCAAGAAGGUUUUGAUGUUUUGUGUGACGCCACCUGAAUUAGAAACCAAGAUGAACAUAACCAAAGGAGGACUGGUGUUGUUUUCAGCAAAUUCUAAUUCAUCAUGUAUGGAACUUUCAAAGAAAAUCGCCGAGCGGCUGGGGGUGGAGAUGGGCAAAGUACAGGUUUAUCAGGAACCUAACAGAGAGACAAGAAUACAGAUUCAAGAGUCUGUAAGGGGAAAAGAUGUUUUCAUCAUCCAGACUGUUUCAAAGGAUGUGAACACCACCAUCAUGGAACUCUUAAUUAUGGUGUAUGCGUGUAAGACCUCUUGUGCCAAAAGCAUUAUUGGUGUGAUCCCCUACUUCCCAUAUAGCAAACAGUGCAAGAUGAGAAAAAGGGGCUCCAUUGUCUCUAAACUGCUGGCUUCAAUGAUGUGCAAAGCUGGCCUAACUCAUCUCAUCACCAUGGACUUGCACCAGAAGGAAAUUCAAGGCUUCUUCAAUAUUCCUGUUGAUAACUUAAGAGCAUCUCCCUUCUUACUACAGUAUAUUCAAGAAGAGAUCCCCGACUAUAGGAAUGCUGUGAUUGUUGCCAAAUCUCCAGCCUCAGCCAAGAGGGCACAGUCUUUCGCCGAGCGCCUGCGGUUGGGCAUCGCAGUGAUUCAUGGGGAGGCACAGGAUGCAGAGUCUGACCUGGUAGAUGGACGGCACUCCCCGCCCAUGGUGCGGAGUGUGGCUGCCAUCCACCCCAGCUUGGAGAUCCCCAUGCUGAUUCCUAAGGAAAAGCCCCCGAUCACAGUUGUAGGAGACGUGGGAGGGCGGAUCGCUAUCAUUGUGGAUGACAUCAUUGAUGAUGUGGACAGCUUCCUUGCCGCAGCAGAGACUCUGAAGGAGAGGGGUGCAUACAAGAUCUUCGUCAUGGCCACUCAUGGCCUGCUGUCCUCAGAUGCCCCCCGCCUGAUUGAGGAAUCAGCUAUUGAUGAGGUGGUGGUUACAAAUACAAUCCCACAUGAAAUCCAGAAGCUCCAGUGCCCCAAGAUCAAAACCGUGGAUAUCAGCAUGAUCCUUUCAGAAGCCAUCCGUCGGAUUCACAAUGGGGAAUCCAUGUCCUACCUUUUCAGAAACAUCGGUUUGGAUGACUAAAUAGCUUUUUUCUCCUGCAACUCCUGGGGGUGAAACUGGAAAAGUAAGGAAGCUCCUGAAUGAUGGUCCCUGACUUGAAGGGAAUCACAGGGGCUAAGUUUUGUUCCCUGCUGCUUUUUAAUUCCUGUGAAGAUAGACCAACUUUUUAUGUCACUUUAGGUACUUGUGAGUUAUGGGCAAUUUUUACAAAAGAAAAACUGUCUUCUCUUAAAUGAACCAAGUUAAAGCCUAAUUAUUUUUAGUUUAACUAUUAAAAAAAAAAAAGCUUGGAUAAGAUUUUUAAAACUUGCAAACAGUCUUUUUCCAAAGUUGCUAGACCCCAAGUGCUUAACAAUGCUAAAAAAUAAAAAUAAAAUUACCGGGAGUCAGGCUGUAGCAUAGCGGGUUAAGUGCAUGUGGUGCAAAAUGCAAGGACCGGCAUAAGGAUCCCUGUUUGGGCCCCAGGCUCCUUACCUGCAGGGGAGUCUCUUCACAGGCGGUGAAGCAGGUCUGCAGGUGUCUGUCUUUCUCUCCCUCUCUCUUGUCUUCCCUUCCUCUCUCCAUUUCUCUCUGUCCUAUCCAAUAGCGACAUCAAUAUCAACAAUAACUACAACAACAAUAAAAAAACAAGGGCAACAAAAGGGGAAAUAAAUAUAAAAAAAUUAAAUAAAAUUACUGUGUGACACAUGUAACUGAAAAGCCAAAAAGAGGGGUCAGGCAAUAGCACACCUGGUUAAGCGCUUACAUUACAGUGCACAAGAACCCAAGUUUGAAUCCCUGGUCCCCACCUGCAGGUGGAAAGCUUCACAAGUGGUGAGGCAGGACUGUAGGUGUCUCUCUGUCUCUAUAACUCCCUCUCCCCUCUCAAUUUCUGUCUGUCUCUAUCCAAUAAUCAAUCAAUAAAAAUACUUAAGGAAAAAAAAAAGAAAAGAAAAGCCAAAAAGGUCAUUCUGUUGCAUCCAGUGAGCAGCAUUUUUAGUAAUGCUUUUACAGGCAGGCAUAGGGAAUAUGUGACCACUAUUUAUUUUCUGCAACAAAAGAAGGAAUAAAAAAAUUAUUGUGUCUGUGUUUUUUAAACUUUGUGUUUUGGUAAUUAUUUUAUAAUUAAAAUAAAAUGGAAGCUGAAUAGAUA